AUGGACCGAUUGAAGCUUCCUUCUCGACAAUCCUCCAUCACCCUUCAGGACAUCACCCUCGAUAACUGGGCUGCCGUCACCCGUCUCGUCGUCAACCAGGACCAACUUGGCCUAGCCCCGUCAAACCUAGAAUCCCUCUGCGAGCAUCAAUUCCAUAUCCCCCAAUCGAUCGUCCGCGCCAUCUUGGCCGAUGGCACCCCUAUUGGAUACAUUCGACUCCAACAGGAGCCCAAGGACCAGGGCCAGGACCAGUCCGUGGGCGACAGCAACCAUUCUAUGUUUCUACUGCUCAGCUUCAUGAUAGCGAAGUCAUGUCAAGGGCUCGGCUUCGGGACCAAGGCCAUAUUGUUACUCCAACAGGAAAUGCGGGAUCGAAAAGGGUUCAAGGGGAUCAGAGUUCUCACGAAACCGUUCGCAACCGUUCAUCCGGAGGACUCGCCUGAGCAUUUCUUUUCGGGCCUUGGAUUUGAAGCGAGCGAGGAUCCAGGGAAGCAGGAGUUAAUCUGGAUUCCUUAG